AUGGUUGAUCGUUGUAGUCAUCAUUAAUUACAUCCUCUUUAUAAAGAUUUCUUUCAUAUUCAUUCUACUAAGUUUAUAGCAUUAGAUAAUAGGGCUGCAUAAGUUACUGAAAUAUAGGAAGCAGUAUCAAAUUUGAAAAAUUUAUUAUCUAAAGGAUUUUAUUUCACUUAUGAGAAAUGUGAUGAUAUAGAUAGAGAAGAAUUUAUGUGGAAUAGAGGUUUAUGUAAAUAAUUUUAUACUUAAUAAAUCAAGAAUUGGGAUGUUCUUAUGAUUUAAGGAUUUAUGGAUAGUUUUUCAGUAUAUUUAGAAGGUAAAAGAGUAUAAGUUGCUUUAAUUGCUAAAAGAUCUAUUAAAGCUCCUGGAACUAGAUUAGCUUAAACUGGAGUAUAAAAAGAUGGUAGUGUAGCUAAUUUUGUUGAAACUACAUAAAUUAUUGUUGUUGCUAAUUUAAAAUGUUAAUUUAAAUAAAUUAGAGGAAGUGUUCCAGUAUUUUGGAGAGAAUCAGGAAAUCUAUUAAUGAAAAAAUUAGAAUUAUAUGGAAAUGAAUAAGAUAAUCAAAUUGGAUUUACAAGUCAUUUUAAUAAAUUAGUUUCUAAAUAUGAAAGAGUUUUAGCUAUAAAUUUAAUGAAUUAAAAUAAAUAAACUGAACAUGAUUUAAUACAGGCUUAUGAAUUAGGAAUUCAUUAGUAUUAACCAGAUAGAAUAAGAUAUUUAUAUUAUAAUUUUGAUCAAAUUACUCAAGGUGUUGAUUUCCAUAUUAUAAAUUAAGAUAUUAUUAAAAUAAGCAAUUUUAUUAAGAAUAUGUAAUUUGAUGCUUAUGAUUUAUAAACUAAUUAAAGAAAAUUAAAAUAAAGAGGAAUUGUUAGAACAAAUUGUUUAGCAUGUCUAGAUAGAACUAAUGUCUAUUAAUCAAGAAUUGCAUUAUUAAUGUUAGAAUAUUAAUUAAAAUGUAUGGGAUUAGAUUUAGAAAGAAUUUUAGGUUAAAAAGUAUUGGAAAUUAAUGAAAAUAAUACUAAAUUUCUAAAUCCAAUUAUUGUUUUAUUUAAAUAAAUGUGGGCAGAUCAUGGAGAUUAUAUAAGUUAUCAUUAUUCAGGAACUGGAUCAUUGCAUACUAAUUAAGAUAAAGGUUAAUCAUCAUUUCUAGCUAUUUUGGGUAGUGGAAUGGUACCUUUGAGUAGAUUUUAUAGAAAUAAUUUUAGUGAACAUUUAAGAUAAGAAAGUAUUCUACUCUUGCUCGGAAAUUCAAAUUAAGAAAAAAUAUAUUUAGAUAAUGAUCAAUCUUAUUUAUCAUUCACUAAAUUAGAUGCAAAUGAUCUUACCAAAAUAGGAUAUGGAAAUUUAUACUAUAUUAAUUAUAAAUUAAGCGAAGAUUAAUCUAAAUAUACUAUUUAUGCAAUUAAUGAAGAUUAAAAUAUAUAAAUUUAAUGUUUUAAAGAAACUGCCAAAAAAUAUGAAGAUGUUCUUCAAUUUCAACAUGAAUUAGAUAACAAAUUUAAAUCAGGAAUCAAAAUUAAGAAUCUUGAUAAAAAAUUAUGUUUAUUAGUUGAAUUGGGAACUUUUAAUUUAUAUUAAUUAGCUCAAAAUGAAUUUAAUGUAUUUUCUGAAAAUUAAUUGAUUUAAAUUUUACUUGACAUGGCUCUAUAAAUAAAAAUUUAUUAAUAAUAAGGUUUAUAUUUAAAUGGUAUUACUGCUAAGAAUGUUUGGUUUUAAUAUAUUAAUUAGAAUCAACAUAAAAUAUAUUUUGAUACUGUAACUUAUAUUCCAACAACUUUUAAUCAAUAUCCUACAACCAUUAAACCAGAUUAUAUGGAUCCAAUUAUAAUAUAAAAGAUAGAUUAAUAAGAAUAAGCAUUAGAACGUUAAGAAAAUCUAUAUAAUACAAAUGAUUUGAUCACUUAACAUAUAAAUAAUUUUACGAUUGAAUAGGUAUAAUAAGCUCAAAUUUGGAUUUUGGCUAGAAUAAUUUAUGUAAUUCUAUACCAUCCAUAACCUAGUUAAACAAAUAACAUAGAUAUUAUGCUACCAAAUUUGAAUUAAAUGAUAGAGAAACAAAAGUUUACAUCUUUGGCUUAAUUACUUAAGAGAAUGUUGAGAUCAGAUAUUCUAUCCCCAAUUUUAGAUAUUGAUAAACUAAUUUAAGAAGUUCAAAAAAUUAAAGAGUCUUUAAGCAAUUAACCUUCCCUGAUAAUACCUGAUAAACCUUUUAAACAAACUAAAUUUAAAGAAAAAAAACUUAGAUAAAUAGUUGAUUUAUGUAAACAUUUUAGAUGUUAUGAGUAAGGAUUAUAAAUAAUAUUUUAAUUGUAAAAAUUAUUGUAGGAUGCUUAAUUAGAAGAUAAAGUAUAAUUGGUAGCUAAUCGUUUUUUUUUUUUGAUUUAUUUAAGUAAAAUUGAAGAAGCUUUUGAAGCUAUGCUGGAAUUUUAAGAAUUACUUGAUUAAUGUAGUGAAACAGAAAUACCAAAUAUAAAGUAAAUAAUUAUUGAUACAAAUUUAUUAUUUAUGAGGAUGUUUUAAGAUGUAAAAUAUAAUCAAUAAAUAGUUUUAAUAAUUAAACUUUACGAAUUCAUAAUUAAAAGAUAUUUUACUUGAAGACCCUCCUCAAAAUAUGAUGCAUCCUUUAAAAUCAAUUUUAUAUUUGAUAUGGAGUGAAAUGUCUAUUGAGGAAGAUCUUCAAUUAAAUUAUGCUUUAAAGGCCUAAGAAUUUUAUCGUAGUUCUAAAGUAUAACAUGAAUAUCUUAAAAUAUUAAUUAACAACUAAAUCAUUAAAGGAUAUAUUAAGAAACAACAAAAAUAGAAAGCUUAAGAAUAUAUUAAAAAUACUUUGAAUAUUAUAAUUGGAGACUCUUUGGAGAAAUGUAAAUUAUAUAUCGAAUUGGCUAAAAUAGAAUUAGAGUAGUAAGAGUCAAAAUAAGCUAUAGAAUUGUAAUAAUAUUUAUUAAAAUAGUUAUGAAAACGCUAUAAAAUGUGGAAUUAAGAUAUAUAAAAAUGAUAAACAUCCUGUUAUAUUAUAAUGGCAAUAAACAUUGAAUUCAAUAAAAUAAUGA